AGAGACAGACACAAAGGUAGAAAAAAGGGUGAGGUGAGUACUGUGGAAGUGACCGAAUAUGACAUACAGUGGGGUCAUGGUAGUUUAAAGUCAGAAGUCAACUCUGAUGCUAGUCAACUAUUGCUUGAAGUAAUAGCAGCUGGAGUGGAUACUACUGCUCUUAGUAUGGUUUGGUGUUGCUAUGGUCUGGCAAAUGGAAAGCUGGAAAUUAAUCCAGGUGAAGAGCUCACAGAAUCAAAGCUGGAAGAAGUACAUCGCCUGGCCAGUGUAGUACCAAUGGCUCUUCCCCACAUUGCAAAGUUUGACAGCUAUGUUAAAGGAUAUCUCAUUCCCAAGAAUACUGGCGCCAAUUCAGGCGGUGCCUGUCCUGUUGCUCAUAAACCGAGUUCCAAAUCAAAACUAUAUUACUGUGAAUCCGCUUUACCAUUUUCAGUAGGUGCGUGUCCCCUUGAAUGUCUGACCUCAGAAUUCAAGGUUGUAGAAGGAGAAAAUGACAAGAAUGUUCCAGAGUUGCAACUGAAUGGAAUUACCCAACCACAACGCGAUGAUAGUUACCGGUUUCUUUCUGUCAAUUAG